AUGUAUGUGCCCACCCCAUAUGUAGCAGCUUCAGCUACUCCUAUCUUGCGUAUUGGUGGCUUUUCAUUUCGAUCUGACGCAUACCACUACGUUCCACUGCCGCUGACUAAUGCCAAAGGCAAAGAACCCGGAAUCCAACUCCUCUCACUGCCACCGUCUCACUACUUCGAGCCUCCUACCGGGCCUCCACAUACAGCCUUGGAGGACUACAUUGUAGCCCGUACCUCUCCUAAGGCGCUGCGCACCGAGUGUCACUCUACCAAUGGCAUUCAAGAACAACAAGCCCGCAUCCCAGCGCCGCAAGUUCUCACAGUGGCCGCACUCACGGCGCAUUUCGUGGCAACUGUCAGCAACCAUGCCGCUGAAGCAGCUCGAGUAACUGCGAAGGUCGAUUGCAUUCAGAACGCUGCCAACGAUCUUAGCUUUGAGCUUCCUCGCAAAUUUUUUGAGGUAGAGCAAUGGGGGCUUCAGGAAUGGAUCGGGACUCAUAAGUACUGGGGGCUGUAUAGAGCUGUUAUCACCCUGAACUAUGAAAACAUUAUGUUCCCUUUGUGGUGCAUUGUAUUCUCCGCAGAAAGUGAUCUACGGGGAGACCUUCUAAUGUGUACCCUUUGCUGGCUCUCGAACACGAUACUCAGAGCUUUCACUAAACUCACAAAGCUGAAGGAGGAAACCUAUUUCAGCUCCUUGAAUCUUACAUGUACUUUUUCAAUUCCUAGUCCUCUAUUCUGGCGUUAUUCACCAAAAUACACGUCAAAAAUACCCUGCUCUUUCAGAAUGCAGCUGCAUGGAAUUUGUUUGUGGAUAAGUGGUCGCCCCCUUUACCAACGAAUAGGCAACUUCAAUUCUGAUGCUCGUGUUCAUGCGAUAAUGAUCGUGUUGUGCCUUCUUACCCCAACUGCUGAGGUCACGAUCUGGCUUUGGACUCUUAUUUUUGCCCUUACCUGUCCUCUUAAUAUUCUAACCAAAUCGUACGCUCCACCGCAACACCAUGACGCCGUUUUCCGGUUCUCUUUUGUGGGCCCGAAAGCUGAGUUCGAAUUCCAGGUAGCUCACAUCAGCUUUUCCCUCUUCCGCAGCGAAGUUGAACGUUCACAAGUCCAGCAACAGGCAAAAUUCCCUCUUUGUCUUCUCUCGAAAUUGUUCAGCUUACGAGGCAUGGUCUCACCAUUCCUACAACGAGCGCUCUUAAUCUGCCUUCAAUUCGGUGUGCAUAAUGGUCCCAAUAUUGCGAGUGCAUGUUCAAGCCCUGUGCACCGCUAUAAGGAAGUCAGCGUUCGCGCGGCUUCCUUUGGUAGGACCAUUUUGGCACUAGAUAGCUGCAAUGAUUUCAGCCCUGGGCUUGCGGUUUGCUGGAUGUGCACAGCGAAUCCCUGCACCUAUUCACCGCCCAUGACAGCCACGAUUCGCUUCCCCACCAAGCACCCUUGGCCAGCGAGACGUGAUCCCGAAUGCCAACGCUUGCAGAACGAGGAGUUGGCAGCGCACCCCACCACUAUCACAGGAGACGAAAUUGUGGGUCUGGAGAGCUGUGCAGGCCCGUUUUUGAUCGAUGAGAAUUUUGAUAGGUCUAGGCGGUCCGUUUUCAUGCAGUUUGACCACCACAAGCAGAACCUAGCGGCCAAUAGGAGCGUGCGGAUUUUACGUCUUCCUGGCUUGUUGACCACAUGGCUGGAUUGGUGCUAUUGUACGGAUCCGUUGUUCCUAUUCCAGCAGUGGCAUUUCGGCAACGUUCAGAAGUUUCCAACAAAACCCAGUAAUUCGCUAGGCGGCUUACAUCGUCCUCCUUAUGACGCCUUCUCGAUCAUGAUCCCACCAACUACUUGUGUCAUUGGUGCCCAAGGGAGCCAAACCAUUACUUCACCUCGGACCAUUUGGCUGUACAACAAGUACUUGAAGAAAGCAGAUUUUGUGGAAAAAUUUACCAGAAGUUUCAAUAAAAUAGCCUCUCCUGAGUCACAGAGAAAUCGGGAUGAGCGUACGGGUCGCUUUGACAGAAUGACACUGAUAAAACUUGAUGUCCAAUUAAACUGGGUCUCGCCAACAGCUGUGCCAGCAUUAAUGGCUUUCAUUUUCACAGGAGCUUCUGGUUACCCAGGAGCGAACUCCGUAGAUGGAUUUUACUUCAACCAUACACCAAAGAGGAGUAGUCAGGGUGUCGCCGUGAACGGUUGGCGUUUGACUGGAACGAGGGUUCGCUGCGGGGUCUUCCCGCGGAGGUUUGUGCUUAUUCGAACGACAGCCACGGCGCCGUGGAGACCAAGAAUCACCGGAAGCCGGAUGGCGAACGAGAAGAUGAGAAAAUUGAAGAGAAGGGAUAAAGAUAGCGAUGAAAUAAGACGGGGAGAACAGCACAAGCGAUCUAAGAAAAGUAGCGGCGGCAACGACAACACAAUGAAAGCACUAGCGAUUUAUAAGGGAACGAUGAAUGGGGAAAUGGAUUUAUCCGACAAGCCCUGUCGCAAGGUUGCUGUCAAAUACUCCAGCAUCGAGCUGCUUGGCUUCCCUCAGACCAUUCUCGCUCGGGCCACUCGGGGGCUGCAAGUGAGCUGCAAAUUCCAACGCGUAGCAGAGCAUCACUUCGUCGGUGGUGUUAAGUCAGCGUGUGCAGACGGCUUCCCCUUUGAAACGCCAUUAUUUGCGCUACUUUUUAUCAGGGCACAUGGCCGCAUACCACCUACUUCAAGAUAUCUCGAUUACGCUGCCGCUCUGCCCCAGCGGGCCUUGGCUUCGCAAGAUCGCUCGCAGCCCCCACCUGCACUGACCCCUCUCCCCCUGGCUAUUCCGCCUGAUCUUAGGCAGCAGAAUAUCAGCCUCCCACGGGUCAGUAUCGACGCCUUUCAUGCUGCCACCCACUGCGAGAGCCGCAUGUCACCUGUACUCCACAAAUUUGUGCUCGCAAUUUCCGUUGCUGCCAGACUGCAUGUCGAAAGCGCAGGCUUCGUGCAUCCGGACCAUGCUGCUACCUGCGUUGCGUGCCCUCUCCCGUUGCUGUACUACCUAGCGGAUGCAAGCUGUCUAGAGAGUAUUCGAGCGUCUUGUUCUAUGAACCGCCUUGGUGCAAUUAAAGUCAACGAAGUACUAAGCACGAGCCUUUCGUUUCAUAGCCCACCCUCGUUGUUCAUUGUUAACCGAGACCUCUCGAUAAUAGCCGUUGCUCUACCGCUUAGGUGGCGUCUCGGCACCUUUCCUGAGUGGCUAGCAACGCUCUACCCAGUCCGAUACAUGGUGCAGCAUGGAGAGCCGACAUGCACCUAUCCACUUCCACAGCCAGCUAUGAUCACGCAAAAGGAAAUCUGUAAAUCCCCUCCUGCCCACCCCUCUUCUACCGCGGGUCCAUUGCCGAGGACAUAUAAACUGCUCCUAACAUCCCAUCGAAACGACCUCGUUCUAAUUGCUACUAUUUCUCAGCAACACUUCAUUUGCUUUACAUUCAUAAACAAUAUCACUCCAACAUCAUGGCGUCCAGGGCCUACUGUGGCAAUGAUUCCUGCGAGUACGUACCCAUCUCGUCUCUUGAUCCGCCGGUUGCUUAACCAGACCCCUGUCUUGACCACUGCUGACUUUCCAUUUCAUAUACCGUCAAUACUUCCGUAUCUACCAACCCCUCUAUCGUGGUUUCGGGUUUGGGUAUCAAGUUAUACCAAGUCUUCUUUCUCAACAGUUUUUUUCCUAAUAGAAUGGUGUUCACUUAACUUCACCCGUACGGUCGAAAGAAAUUGGCAUAAACUUAAGACACUCACUUCCCCCACUACCACCGAGCCUUUAAUUCACAACAUUUCGGGGCUUGUCGCAACUCUCAACCAGCCAGGCAACGAUGGGCCUCCCACUGAACUUCCAAAUGCAGCCUUCAAGGAUCCCCCUACAGCAUCUACCACUCCUUCGAACCUAAACAUCGAGGGUCACUCUUCUGAUAGCUCUCCACAACAAUCAAUCCGUACACCCACCCCGCAAUGCCUCACUGCGACUGCUCUUGCGGCGCACGCGGCGUUGGCCGCCACUAGCCAUGCCACUGAAGUAGCUCAGGCAGUUGCUAGGGUUAAUCGUCUUCAGAAAGCUGCUAGUGAGCUUGGCUUUGAGCUUUCUCUAGAAUGUUUUGAGGCCGAUCAUGAGACACCGAAACAGACUGGCGGAAGUGAGAAUAGUGGAGAUCUGGUUAGGACUAACCUAUUACGUUCCAUGAAUAAUGGACAUAUCGUGUGUCCCGUUAGUGCCCGCGAAUGGAAUGGAUCUCGUAAUACUCAUUGCGAUUACGAUCCUAUUCGCGGGGUGAGGACUGACUUUCCGCAUCAGCUCGGCUUUGAUACACGAUGCUUCGUUCUAUUAACUUUUCUCAUAGACCAUGACCCUAUUGUUCAAUCUACGUCGUCUUCAAGCAGUAUUUAG